AUGGGUAAGACUGAGGGUACUGAGGACCUUGAUAGGUGUAAAGAGGCCCAUAACAAGGUCACAGAGUUUGGGGUGUAUGUCAUGUUGAAGAAGAUCGAGGAUUUCUCAGACUACCCUGCGGUGGCCGCCUACAUGCGCCUGAAGGACCCUAAGGCGCUCCAUCGGGCCUUUGUUGACAAUACCUCGCUUCUUGUCCACUACUACCAGAUAAAGCAAGAAGUGUUCCAGGUCACUGACCUACAGAAGUACAGUGUCCUAACUAGGAAGUUCUUUACUGCUGUCCAAUUCUGCGAUACAGUCCCUUACUACACCAAUACAUUACACAUGCCAAAGAUCCGGUACAACGCCCCUGAGCUCGCGAGCUUCCAAGUGGAUAUAGACCGCGCCGCGCUGAUUACGGUGAUCACGGCAUAUAAGAUCAUUGUCCAGUGGCGCAACGAGCAUAUCUUCCACCCCUUACCUGAGUGGGUUAACCAGGAGCCUGAGCCAUCACAGUACUUCUGCAAUAUUAGUGCUGAUGACUAG